AUGGGGAAGCUUUACGCCGUGUAUCUUUCUGCAGUUCUCCUUCUUGUUCUAACGCUGCUGAUCCUGAAAGCACCCGGUAGCUCUCGCUGGAGAAACGGUGCAGCGGUUUCUAACGAGCAAGAGCUGCUUUUUAUCUCUCGCCAGCGGGAACUGGUGGACGCGCUCGAAGACAGGGUGGAUGAAAUCAUUCGUUAUCAAGAUGUUCACCGAGCUCGGCUGGUGUUUCUCUCCGAUCCCUCCUCCCACUUUCGGGAAUCCUCACUGGGAAGAGCUCGGGCUGGCGGCGAUGUCUUCAAUGAGAAAUUGCGGAGAGCUGUUGGGAAUCUCUCCAGGGGGACUGCGGGCUGCAGUGACUUCAGGAAUAUCACGGGAAUUGAAUUUCUGGGCUCUGGUUAUACUAAGACCGUUCUGAAAGGGACGCUGCAGGACGGCACUGCUGUCGCUGUGAAAACUGUGAACAGUCAGGGUGAUGAAGUGAAGCGCUGUAUCCAGCGGUAUGGACAGGCCAGAGAAUGCUUCAGACUGGCAGCUUAUAAAAUCAUCAAGGAAAUGACUCUACUCCAGAAGCUCCAGCAUCCGAAUAUCAUCCAGUUAUAUGGUCAGUGCUACUACGGCAGUUUGGAAGAUGGACCUGUAAUUACCGCGGUGACGGAGCGGGGAAUUCCAGUGGAAAUGAUUCAACUCUUGCAAACUCCCUGGGAGGAGAGAUUUAGGAUUUGUCUGAGUCUAGUGAAGCUCCUCCAUUACUUAGCUCACUCGCCACUUGGAUCGGUGCUUCUGUUAGAUUUCCAACCGCGUCAAUUUGUCCUUGUGGACGGAGAGCUUAAAGUGACGGAUUUGGAUGAUGUCAGCACGGAAGAACUUUCCUGUAAGACAGACAGCGACUGUGUCCUUGAAUUUCCCACCAGGAAUUUCAGUCUCCGAUGUGCAGCAGAAGGGAAAUGUCAUAAAAUAAACGAAAAGAGAAAUCUUUACAACGCAUUCAGAUUUUUUUUUACAUACCUGCUGCCCUAUAGUGCACCCUCUACCUUAAGACCUCUCCUGUGGAAAAUUAUGAACGCAACAGGUGAACUACAAUAUGGGAUUAAUGAAACACUCGAAGCUUUUGAGGAAGUGUUAUAUCUUUACAAAUCUGGAUUGCACCACACUAAUCAUUCUCAGUCCUGGCUGGGAGGUUAUAAGAUAUAUGAAGGAUUUCGCAUUCAAGACAAUUUGGACUACAAAUGUUGGCCAUCCUAUAACUACCAGGGUUGUUUGCUUUCUGUCCACAAUAGAGAAGAGGCUGCUGCAAUCUGCCAGUCUCAACAACAAUGCCAAAGUUUCACUUUUACCCAGCAGAAAACAUGGCUUGGGCGAUACUUGGUGUCAUUCAGAAGCAGCACUGAGCUAGUAUUGGAUAUUAAUUCAACUGUCUACAUGAAGUUAAGAAGCUUAAGGGCAACAAUGUGA